AUGAGGACGAAAGUUGCUUGCGACUACUGUCGUAAACGUAAGUCAAGAUGUGAUGGAGAGAACCCAUGUUCGAAGUGUGCUUCAAAGAAUCGACCAUGUACAUAUACUGUUAUUACCAGGGAACCCAGGGAACGAGUUAGAAAACCCAAGCCUGCUGCCAAGUCGAGUCACAGUCCAACUUCCAUACAAGGACUAAACGCACGUUUGAGUGCCAUGGAAGGGUUGUUAACCAAAUUAAUAACCCGACUUGAUUCGGACGCUAGACCUGGUUUUACCAAGGAAUUUCUGGAUUUGCAACAGGGAAAUAGUGAACAUUCAUUCUCUCCUGAAGAUAGCAACAGCGAUGAGGACAUGGAUGACGACAACUUCGAAGAAAAUGAGCACGCAGUGAGAAACCCAUUAGUUUUGAAAGAGUUAUUGCAACCACCAGAAAAGCAGAAUUGUGAAGACUGUAUUACAAAGGGUAUAAAGAGAAGAAUGAUGCAAUAUUUUGGAUCUCAUUCCAUUUUUUAUUCUUUUUCUGGAAAAUUUAUUGCUUAUAUGAAAGGCAGAAUUCAAGGCAAGGAUAAUGAUGAUUUGUUCACACCACUCAGAAAGAUUCCUUUGGCAAUCACUAACGCCGUGUAUGAGACGAAUGAUUUGUUGAAUGAACCUAAACCAGUUGUCGAUAUGCAGGCUUAUUUCGACGAAUCUGAGCAAGGACUAAUAUUUGAAAUUCUUGCAUUCUACUACGAUAAAAUCAAUUUGGCUAAUUUCCUAUGCAGAUGCAGCACAGUGAGAGAAUUAUUUCAGAUAUAUUUUUAUGGAAGAUCACAACGAGACCAGGAUAUUCUCAAAGACUUCACAAGCAGUAACUAUUUGUUAAUGAACUCAGCUCUCGCAUUGUGCUUGGUUAAUGUAUCCGAAAAAGAUAUCUUUGACCCAAUUCAAUUUCCAAAUUUGGCCAUGAGAUCUGGUGAAGAUUUAUUCAAUUUGAAAACCAGGUAUUUUAAUAAUGCUGUUCAAAUGUAUGAUAAAGUCUCGAAAAAGACUAUGAAUAGUGUAAAAACUGUCCAGGGUCUCUCUCUAUUAAUUUUAUACGUUGAAGCAAACUUUAUUACCGAUUUCCAUGUCAAUUAUAUCUUGGCAUCGGUCCUUAUAAGGGUAGCCAAGGAUUCUGGUCUUCAUCGGGUUGAAAGUUUUAUAAACGAAGAUGAAGAAGAAGCGAUGUUGAGAAGACGAUUGUGGUGGUUUUGUGAAUGUUUUGGAACUGAUAUAACGUACAAGAGUGGUAAACCAAUGCUGCUUAGUUUGGAAGAUGUUUCUACCUUGACUGAGAGCGAUCCUUGCUUUUUGUCGGUGCCGAUGGCACUUUUUGAUGAUGACCAGUAUCUUAAGAAUUCAUCGAGGAUUUUGGGAGUUAGUCAAGAUCUUGAAUUUGGAGUGGAAUAUUAUUUUGCAUAUUUCACCUUGAUAUUCAAUAGAAUUAGGACCAGAAGUUACAGGAGUUUGUACUGUAAACAUCCAUCAGCAAUAACCACGUCGGAAUUAUUUAGUUCUUUGAAAGCACUUAAUAAUGAUUUAAGGAAGUUAUCGAGUUUAAUGGUACCAGAAGCUAGGCCUGUUUUACAUUACCGAAGGGAAACACCAUUUUCUCUUGCUCAAUUCUUUGAAACGUUUGGGGCAAAUGCACAAAAGGCGAUGUAUAACUCAUUUACAUUUCAAUUAUCAUUCUUUUCACACUCGUUAUCAAUUAACCGAGUGCCAUUUCAAAGAGAUUUCUUCUUAGAUGAUGAUAGAUUGAUCCCAUUCGGUAAUAAUUCCUUGGAUAGUGCCAGAUCUAUUCUUCAUUUGGCUGUUGGGUUUAACAAGUCAACGGUUCCAAAGUCGAGCUUGUCUUCAGCAAUGACGUAUCCUCUUGUGGCGUUUAGCAGUUUACUUGGAAAUUGUAUGGUACUAUCAAAUGCUCCUACUACGCAUCUGGACUGUUUAUUACUUAUUAAUGUUAGUAUGAACUAUUUUGCCGUACAUGAAAAACAAAGACUUGAUUACAAGAUAUUGGACAAUAAGAUGGUAUUAUGUGAUCUUUUAGCUAGGUUACUACUCCGAGUUUUAGUUGCAACCAUGCAAACCGAAAUCGGUCACAAAUAUGUUGAAGAAAUUCCAGGAUUACAGCAACACUUGACGAAUAUAAGUGACGUAUGUCCUGAAGUGUUUAACAAGGCGAACGAUGGCCAGGUACAACCCGCUUAUACUCCCAAUGGUUCCUCGUCGGUCUCCAGUACUAAUAUCGAUAGUGUUUCUAGUGGAAACAAUACCGAAUUUACGUCACCAGAAUCAUUUGAUAUUGGGGUCAAGCCUUUGUUGUCAGAUCUCCUUGAUACAGGUGCAGGACCAAGCAAAGAUAAUUACAUAGAAAAUAUUGACUUUAACCAAGUCAAUGACGAUGCUUUUAACUUUUUGAUUUUGAACGAAAUGAAUGACUUACCAAAUUUCUUUACGGAAAACGAUUUUUCAUUGCCUAACUAG